UAUCAUUUUCUAUUUAAGUUUAUGUUAUUCGCAAUCUCUGUAAUUUUAUUUAAACCCUCUUUACUUAAAUGUUCUUUAUUUUUUACUAAUUCAGCCACAUUACAUCAAUCAUUGAAAUCUAAAGCCUUUACACCUUUUAUAGGGUAUUCUUUAAAAAAAGGUAUGAUUUUA